UUUCCGUUGAGGACAUGUUGAGGACAUGUUGAGGAGGACAUGUUGAGGACAUGUUGAGGACAUGUUGAGGUUAAAGUUAAAGAAAUAAAGUAAAGGACGUAAAUGCUAUCUUUUUCUGUGACACUGGUUAAUGAGGGUGUCAUGUGGCCAGCACAACGACCAACCACAUUUACUUUCCCCGACUAAAGUCAGGUACUCAUUAGAGCUGGGUUGAUUCAGAGUCGCCCCCAAAAAAUCCCUAAUUUAAAAAAAAUCCAAGUCUUCACUAAGAUUCGAUUGCGGGACCCCUGAUUAGGAAGCCAAGCGCUAUACCACUCAGCCACCGCGAUUUCUCCAUAAUAAAAUAUUUAGAGCUAAUUGACUUUUGAACUCAAGUAGGUAGUCAAUGGCUUAUGCCACUCAGCUAGUUUCAUCAACUCAGUUUAAGCAAAUGGUCAAAUCAAUACUCUUGUUGGUAGUUCUUUCUGUUUUUCUUCCUUAUCCUUACAGUUCUUUGUCGCAGCACUCAGUACAUAUAGUCAUCGUAUGUUUUAAAGUGCAUGCAGAUUGAAGAAUUAUAUCUGACAAGUGUUUUUAACUGCUUGAAACUAGAUUUGAUAAGCGAAAAUAGAAUUUACUGUACAAAUACUCAUCAAAAUUAUACACUAGUGACUAAUGAAACUUACUUAAACCAACAUUUCCUUAAACCUUUACUUGUCCUAAGAAGUAUCCCAUAACCCAAUACCCAGCUAGGGGUCAGGGUGAGGUCUAAAGCGUUCACAACUGGGAGUGGACAUUUCAUUAUAUGUAUACUGUAAUUAUAGUAAUAAGCAGUGUUACACUUAAUAAUGACUACUUUCAAAGACACUUAUACUCUACAAAAGGGAAAGACCUUGGAAAACCGCAAAACAGUCUGUGUGUGUGUGUUUUUACUUACGAGGAACUCACAAAGUUCUCUUAGUAAUGAAAUGAUUCAUACGAAUACACACACACACGCAAAUACAAUACAAUAAGCUUCCUCAUACUUUUAUCAGCAGUAAUUUAACGAUUUGUUGGCUGUACUGUGCUGCUUCUACACCCACACUAUGCAUAUUGUUGUAAUAGUAUAUCUAUAGUGUAAUAUGAGUUUUGUUAAUAUGCUAAUAUGACGCUUCUUUAAGUUUUUAUUUGUGUCUAUACACAAAUUUCGAUGUCUGUUUUGAUUAGCCAUUAAAUUCAUGAAAUAACUUCGAGAGAUUAAAGAAAUCGAUUUCAUUGGAUUCUCGUCAUACAUAUUUAGAGUACAAGUGUAAUCCCGUUUGUUUUUACUUUUGUGUGUGUACGAAUUACAAACAACAAAAUAAGUUACAAACAAAAAAGUUUGUUACUGCUGACAUCUUAACAUGAUUCGUUGUAAUGAGCUCUGGCUGCUGUUCACUUUAUUGACAUCUCUUCUAUUGGGAAUGCAAGCUGAUAAAAUAGACACGUAUGAAUACGAUGGAAAAACAGUUGUUCCUAAAAAUGUCACUGGAUGCCAGGAUAGACAAACUGGAAUUAUCCUAAAAUCAAUAAAGAUAUCAAAAAAAUCACAAGAAAUCGCUUUACUACCACAUGGUAUAAAAACAGACAUUGGCCUACUAGAACUAUGGAUAGAGUUUGCUAACCGAUGCAACGGAAAGAGUCAAUGUCAAAUGAAUCAAAUGGAAUUCUUAAACAGUGUAGCGAACAAAGUACCUCUAUCUUCUGAAACUAACACUACCAUUGAAAUAAACUUUAAUUGUAAGCCAAUAGGUGGAGACAACGUUUACCGUAUUGAUAGAAACUUCAACAAAGUUGGCAGCACUUCUGUUUACUUGCUGUACAACGAGACAUCAGAGAAUAAAGUUGUGUGUCACGUGACGGCAAAUGGAACAACAAAAAUAGAAAUUUUACAUUUUGAAUGGAUACCAACAUCUGACUGUUUGAACUCCAAUGACAAUAUUUCUUUAAGCUCGCAAGAAUUUAAUUGUUCCUGGACAAAAGCAAACAAAGCAGUAACAGUGCCAAACCCUGACAAUUUUCCAAUACAGUUCUUGAAACAAACAGGCUUUGUUUGGCUAGAAGUUCAAAGAAAUGUUGGCCUACGUAAUAGAAAACUUCAGCUGACUUGUGUUUUAGAACCUUUAAAAGAAAAGGACUCCAAGAAUUCGCUGACUCCAUCAAGCGUCGCUUCCACGACUAUCACAUCAGUUUUUUCAUCACAAACUAGUCCUAUUGGAUCUACUUCCACGACACAAACAUCUUCAAAGUUAUACACGGAGUCCACACAAACAUCUUCCAAUACUAUGAAUACAACGGCACGUAAGACUGUAGAUACUGCAAAGAAUUCAGGAACUAUAACCACACCGCCUAAGACAACUUUUACUAGUACAGAUACUUUGAAAAUAGAAUUUGAGACUACUACAAGUACGCCAUUGCCUUCAUCAACUAUAAAUAUAAGUCAAGCGAGCGCCGGUAAAGAUACGCCUAUUCUUAUUCACAUUGCCAUUGGUGUUGGAGUCACUGCAUUUCUUGUACUGAUCCUGGUUAUCGCUCUUUGCGUUAUUUAUCUUCGCCAAAGCAAAAGUGAAGAACUUUCUAUAAACCCUAAAAGAACUUCAAUUGACGGUGUCCUAACCAUGAAAGAAGAUUACGCAACAUCAUUGUACACCCAAGUGGGCAUUAAUCAGGGCUCUGCUCCCAAGGAAACAGACCAACUGCCAAUGUCAGCAGUGGCUGCAAGCCUUCCUUCAACGUGUAAAUCAAACACUGAAACUCAGUCUCCUGAUGUUGAGUACGCUGCUGUCAAUAAGUCCAAGAAAGGUUCAAAUCCAAUGGUGGACCCAAGCAACAAGGAUAUGAAUCAGUUUCCUAAUGCAGAAUACGCCACUGUCAACAAAGUCAGUACAAUUCUUACUGCGAUGCCAGAGAAAAGCAGUUUAAAAGAAACUCAGUUUCCUAAUGCAGAAUACGCCACUGUCAACAAAGUCAGUACAAUUCUUAGUGCGAUGCCAGAGAAAAGCAGUUUAAAAGAAACUCAGUUUCCUAAUACAGAAUACGCCUCUGUUAACAAAGUCAAUAAAAGUUCAAACCUAGUGCUGGAGCCAAGCAAUGCAAAUGAAAGCAAUUUUUCUUAUCAGGAGUCUGCAGUGGAAAACAAAGUGACCAAAUCUCCGCAUCCAAAACCUGCACACAAAAAAAGCAGUACCCUGCCCAGCUACAUCAAUGUCAAGACACCGAACACGGAGACACCUGAAUCACUCUACUCUCAUUUGUCUCAUAUGAAAUCUGCUGAUGCCCGAGAGACUGAAAACAUUUACAAUGGAUAAAACUUUUGACUAUUUAUUAUAUAUAUGCAUAUCAACAUUGACUUCAACAUGCAAUCGGAGCUUGAUUUAACUAUUGUCACAUUUAAUUUGUGCCCCACCAUAACCCACACAUUCUUUCUCCCCUACCCAUUGCAGGGCCGGCCUUAGAUGAUUGGACGCCCAAGGCGAAGUGAAUUUGGCGGCCACAAAUGAUAUAGAAAAAUAAGAAAUAAACAGCGAAAAAUUAAAAUCUCGCAAUUUAUUUAAAACCUAAUGUAGUCCCACAAUAACACCAAGCACAGGAUUAACUAUUUCUUCUCUAAAAAAAACAUUUUUUAUGAUUCCUGUGCAAAGCACGCAACGAUCCGAGGCAAUAGGCGGCUGCCUAGUUCGCCUAUGGCUAAGGCCGGCCCUGCCCAGUGUGAGGAUCAUCCACUCCUUGAAUUUUGUUUCCCCAUCCUUAAUGUUUCCGGCUAUCUUUUUCUUUGGCCUGAUACUGUACCUUGUAGGAUGGUCCUUGUGAUUUUGAACUUUCGUACUUUGAACUUAAAAAACCCCCCAAAAAACUUCAACUGGAGAAUUUCCCGAAAAACUAAACGAUAUCUAGGACGUAAAAUGGAACGUCACCUCUGCCAACAAAAUACUAAAGAAUUGAGAUAUAAGUGUAACCAUUGCUUCAAUGCUUGGCUUUUUAUCUCUGUAUCCAAUGUCCUUAAUUACCGUUAGUGAGUUGCCGUUUUUAAACGGGAAGUCAUAAAGUGAAAGUCUAAUGCUCUCUUUACAUUGAAAAUUCCUUUCUACUGUACAACUUAUCAACGUUAUUUGUACACCGGAUACACCAAAACGCUUUGGCUUUUAAUCGUUUUCCCGCCCUGUUAGAAAAUCUGCAGAAGUGAAGAAUUAAUUACAAAAAAAAAAUGUUGUUAAAUGUGACGUCAGAUCCUUUCCGUUAAAUUGUUACUUCUAAAACCUCAUAGAAAUAAAUAGCUUGAUCCUUUAUUUUAUUCAUUGCAUAAGAUUUCACUUUGUUAAAGCUCAUAUUGACAUAAAAAAACGUACAUCAGUGGCGUAGCUAGUAGGUGGGAGUGCGUGGACCGCACAGGGUGACACCCAUUAAGAAGGUAACAAAAAAUGUUAAAAAAACUGCGACAUUAAAAAAAUUGAAAAUAGGCGCACAUUUUGAAGUUGCGUAAAAUUCUGGGUAUAAGGUAGCUAACGCUUGUAUUAUAAAUCAACAAAAUAAAUCAACAAAAAUAGAUAAAUAAAUAAACAAUAAACCAAUAAAAUAUUUUAAUGGAAAGUUUAUUUUGGAAGGGGUUAUUAAGAUGUGAGCCCAAGGGACGCCACUGAAACAAAGUAUUAGGUUUUGAUCGAUAUUCGUAGAAUAGUUUUAUUUUUUGUUUUAAUUUUCAAUCUUACAUCAUUCAGGGAAUUUACAUUUUACAUGUAUGCUUACAAAUCUAUCUUAAGACAUACAUUUAACCAACUAAAUAACUGAAGUUAAAAGUGCUACUCCCAAACAAUCACUGAAGUUUUAUUCUGAAGUACUAUUAAGUGCAUUCCAAUUAUUAAACAGUAUAAUUAUAUUAAAUAGCUUUUUAAAACUACCGCAUCCUGAGUGCAGGAAAUACCGAAGACUGUAUUUAUGAAUACUCCCAAUUGAGAUUUUUAUAGUUUUAUGCAUAUGUAUCAAAUCCAUAUAAUAUAUAAUAGUGGUUCACAUAUAUCAAGUAUUAACAUCUUUUCUUUCGUUGAUAAUAAAUGUAUGCAGUUGUUCUUUUUAACACUUGUUUUUUGCGUGUGCAAAUGUAGCCUACAGAUUUUGUUCUAUUUAUGUGAAUAUUAAAAUUUUGAGCUUUUGUGA